CCCGCCCGGCAGGCGGGAAGGACGCCCCGGGGACGCGCUGCUUUCUGAAAGCGUGGGCCCUGCGGAGAAAGUCCGACUCUCACCCAGAAGCAAUCCCUGCUGGCUGAUAAUUGAGGAAACUAGCACGCCCUCCGUCUUGCCGGUAGCAUGCAGAGAAAUAAUUUCAGGAAGAAGGAUUCUCCGGAAGCUGAAUGGACAAGAGACGGUGGGGAGAAGCAGGGAGACGGGUGAGGAGGCUGAUGCCAUAGUCCAGAGGACAGCGGGGUGACAGCAAAGGCUGAGAAGUGUCCAGAUCCAAGACAAACUCCAGAGGGAGAGCCGAAAGGGUUGCCUGGAAUAUCAAGCUCAGCCGGCCCCGACUGCACAGCUCACAGACCGGCCGAGGACACGGCACCAGCUCUGCGUCCCAGCUAGAGAGGCCAGGCAGGGGCCCAGCGCACCUGUCCUGCUGGAGAAUGGAGGAAGGGGAAAAGAGCCCCCUGCUGGUCCAGGACCCCGGGUGCCAGGAGGGGCCGCUCACUUCAAGCCGUCCAGGUCCGGUGCCCCAAGAGGAGCGGGUCUGGAGGGCAGGCCCCGGGGGAGGCCCGGCCUCCUCCCUCCCCGUGGGAACCAGCUGCCUGAAGUGCCUGACCUUCCUGCUCAACUUCCUCUUCUCUCUGCUUGGUCUGCUGGCCCUGGCCAUCGGGCUCUGGGGCUUGGCCGUCAAGGGGUCUCUGGGGAGCGUCUGGGGGGCGGCCCUGCCCGAAGACCCCGUUCUGGGACUGGUACUGGGGGGGCUGGCCGUCAGUGCGGUGAGCCUGGCGGGCUGCCUGGGGGCCCUGUGUGAGAGCGCUUUUCUGCUCCGCUGCUUCUCGGGGGGUCUCGUCGCCUUCCUGCUGCUGGAGGCCGUGGUGGGUGCCCUGCUGGUGGCCCUCUGGGGCCCACUGCAGGAUGGCCUGGAGCACACCCUGCGUGCGGCCAUCACCCACUAUCAGGAUGACCCGGGCCUGCGCUUCCUUAUCGACCAAGUCCAGCUUGGGCUGCAGUGCUGCGGGGCGUCUUCCUACCGGGACUGGACGCGGAACCUGUACUUUAACUGCAGCUCCCCGGGGGUCCAGGCCUGCAGCCUUCCUGCCUCCUGCUGCGUCCACCCCGGGGAAGACGGAGCCUCUGUCAACGACCAGUGUGGCUCUGGAGCCCUGCGCCUGGACGAGGAUGCCGCUCGGAGAGUGGUGUACCUGGAGGGCUGUGUCCCUCCUCUCCAGCGGUGGCUGCGCAGGAACGUGCGGGCCGCGGGCGCCUACGCGAUCGUGGUUGUGGCGGUCCAAGGGGUAGAGCUCCUGUUGGCCAACCAGCUGGUGAGGGCCCUGGCCGUCCGCCGGGGGGAGGUGGACAGCCCCAGAGCCGCAGGGACGGCGGGCCAAGACCGCAGGCCUUGUCCACCCGCGCCUCACACUCCGUGAAACGGCCCCUGCCAAACUGGCCCAGGGCUGACAGCCCAGGAGGACCCCCAGGGAAGGUGUCCUACGGCAUCCCAGACGCCCUGGCCUCCUCCAGCGGCUGUGCCUCCGGCCCCCCAGGGCCCCCCUUCCCCUGAGGGCAGAGCAUGUCCGCCUCCUUCCCGGUUCCGUCAGGCCCUGCUAGAAUGAGUCCCUGUGCCACCCCCUGAUUUCACGAUCUUUUGGGGACUUUUGUUCUCCACCACUGAGUCGGGCACUGCCUGCUCCCUGGCAAACGCCGCUGUGACCUGAGCGUAAGCUGAGCCUGGUGGGUGCUGCUGGCCGCUGUCUGCCUCCUCCGGGGACGCCAGGCAGAGCCACCCGGCGGCAGGGAGCAUGUGGGGUAUGGAGACCGGAUGAAAUCCUGCUGCCAAGCCCCCAACUCCAACCUCCACCUCCGACCGCCUCUGAUGCCUACCUCCAAACCCUGCCUCUGACCUCUGCUCUGACCCCGCCUCUGACGCUUUGCCUAGGAUGUCACCUAUGACCCCCAGUCUUGAUCCCAGCUCCGAUGCCUCGCUCUCUCACCACGGCCUGGGUACCUGCCCUCCUCUGGGGUCACCUUGCCCUUUCCCGCCCGUUGUGGUGGUUGAGGUGGGGCCCAGGCGGGAGUAAACUUGAACGAGAGGCAGCAUCCACACAAUAAACAGCGCCGGUGUUAA